AUGGUCUUCUGCAACUCCAACGACACUUCUUCCCACUCGGCCUUCCCCAGCACUUUCCCAGCACCUUCCGCCAAACUUGUACGACACCACGCAUUCCUGCUAAACAUACUACCAAGAUCCCCGGACCCCGACUGCGCCGCCAGCGACGGCACCCUAGCUCUGGAGCGCGACCACAUCUUCGAGAUCAUGCGCGAGCAGUGGGCAUUCAACGCAUACACCUCCUUCGGCGCCGACUACGACAGCAUCCUCAGCCGACUCCCAUCAUACGCCAGCACGCCGGCCCAGCGCGCGGCACUCGGCUACAUGGGCAUCGCCAACUACCUGCACGCCCGCCUCCCCGUCGACAUGGAGGUCAUGGAAGCCCGCGACGACGGCAGAAGCACGUGGGUCACCAGGUACAGCGGCCCGUUCGACGUCGACCGCCUGAGGGAGGACGCGUACUGGUUCGCGGAUGAACAGCUGGCUGGGCGGGAGGAGAUUGAAUCGGCGGCUGUGAAGGAGGUCUACCUGCUCACUGGCAUCGCCCGCGACGAGCUUGAGGCGCGCUGUCUGGUCAACGAGCCGGAGGCGAUGGAGUGCUGCCAGUUUAGGGAGCGCUGGAUCUACAGUCUGGCUAUCGGCAGGGGACGUCGUGAGGACUUCGCAGAUACCGAUCAUACGCUGUCGCUGUUCAGCCAGCUGCCAUUCGAGGCGCGCGUGGGCUCGGAGGAAGAUAACCUGGAGGGCAUGGCGGAGCUGCCACUCAGCAGAUACGAUGCCGAUACACUUGCAGCUCUGCCAGGACACGCUCACACCGGUGCUGGAUAUGCGAUCGACAUCGCCAGUGCAAGGGACAUGCCGGCUAUCGCCGCUGACACUACGCCCGAGGAGCCGUCGUGCGCCAUCUGCUGUGACCCGUUCGUCUUCGGGCCUGGCCUGGAGCAGCCCUUGACUCUCCUUUGUGGGCACACUGUCUGUGCGGAGUGCGCUACUACAUGGUUCAGGACCAGCCCCAGCUGCCCGUACUGCCGUCGCCGACUCUACCACCGUGUGCCGAAGACGAAGACAGCCGGAUUCGACAUCUACACGAGAGACAACAGGUUGCUGCAGAGGAUGGACUGGACGGAGGAUGGGGCUCAGGUGCAAGGCUACCAGUUCUACCAGCCGUUUGGAGACGUUGAAGGGGAGGAGGGCCAGGACUUUCUGCUGGCGUAG